UUUAUUUUAGUUCCCAUUCCAUCUGUUGAUGUGAAUCGAUCAAGAGAGAAUGAUUUCUUAGCCGGCAGUAACCUGAUGCUAACAUGUGAUAUCAGUGUUGAUCCUAAUGUUGAUACACCAUUCACUGUUGAUGUAGCCUGGAACAAGACUGAUCAAAAGAUCAUGAAUAGUGAUAAUUUUAGAAAUCAGAGUGAUCCUAAUUCAAUGAUGCUUGCUGAUACAGAUCGUGUUAAUAUCAGCCCUGUUAUAAUGAGAUCAGGUUUCAAUGAGUAUAGAUCAACACUUAAUUUCACUACAUUGAGCAGUAUUGAGGAUUCAGGAACAUAUACAUGUAUUGUUACUAUAGUACCAGCUCCAGCUUAUGAAUAUGUUCUGACUUCUGAUACUAAUUACAUGAAUGUUAACUUAACUGUUACUGAUCCAACAGUUGGAACUUUUUCUGCCUUCCCUGACUCAUUUCUGGGUCUGGAGACAUCAUGUCCUGAUUCAGACCCAUAUGAUAACUUCACUCUUACCUGUACUGCCACUAAACUAACCAUAGUAAUACCAAACCUGGUAAUAGCAUGGACACAUAAUGGUACAAUAGAAACAGGUACUGUGACUACUACUGAAGAGAGUAUGACUACCACUGUUACUAAUACAUUGAAUUUCACCACCAGUACUGCUUCUGAUUCUGGUACUUAUAGAUGUACUGCUAGUAUUACUAUACCUGAUUCAACUGAUAUUGUUACUAAUAGUGAGGAAAGUACUAUGGUUAUAAGACCUCAGAGCCUACCUAGUGCUGCAACUAAUGUAACAGCUACUCCAGGAACAACUACUGCUGCUAUAUCAUUCAUAAUACCUAACAUUGCCUAUACACCUGAAAACUACAGUGUUAAGUAUACUGGAGCAAUCUUACAAAUAACAGAAUCUUCCAUCAUAAAAAUGAGUUCAAAUAUCAUUGCUGCAACUAAUAAAGAAUUUAUGAUUAUGUUGACUGGCCUUGAAGAUGGCAACACUUAUACAUAUACAGUUGAUUCUACCAAUUGUCUUGGUACCACUAGUACUAUAGAGAUGAGCUUUAGAACACUUUCAUCAAUGCCAGGGGCUCCUCCAAUGAAUUGUGCUAAUAUAACAUUUCUACCAAGUAAUGUCACACUAAACUGGACUGCACCAGCACUAAUAGAUCAAAAUGGAACACCAGUUGGUUAUAGUUUAACAUGUAUGAAUACUAAUGGUGUAUCAGUCAAUGGAUUGAGCCCAACACGAUCUUCAACAAACACAAUGUUCACUAUUACUGAUGUUAUGCCUUUUACUGGUUACACUUGUGAGCUGUCAUUUAUUAAUGUAGUAGGAGAAGGACCCUCUACCCAGUGUACAUUUGAAACAGCACAAGAUAGGCCAAGUGAUAGUCCUCAAAGUUUCACUUCAAUACCUAAUAUAACUGAUGUCACUUUUACAUGGACUAAGCCAGCUACUCCUAAUGGAAUAAUCAUUGAAUAUUUACUGAAUGUCAUCAAUCAAAAUACACUGACAAGAUAUAACUAUACAAUAGUUGUAUCUGUCAAUCAAACUACAGUGAUACAAUUAGUUGAUGGUUUCAGUCCAUAUCAGAAUUACACUGCUAGUGUUAGUGCUAGUACAAUCAUUGGAGCUGGACCAGUGGCUACUACUGCAGGAAGAACACUACCAGACAUUCCUAGUUCACCUCAUCUGGUAGUGUCUCCAGUUGUCAUUAAUAGUUUAACAGUAGCUUAUACUGUACCAGCUCUCAAUGAAACUACUAUCAAUAUAACAUGGAGUCCACCAUCUCAUCCUAAUGGAGAAAUCACUGGAUUUAUUGUUAGAAUAGCUACUGAUGCUAUUACUAGCCCUAAUAAUGUCUCAUUUGUGCCUGGCAAAGCAUCAUAUUCUCUAAUAUUUGGAGGAUUAAAGAUGAAGAUACCUUAUUAUGUUUCAGUUGUAGCAGUCAAUCAAGUUGGUGAAGGAAACUCAGCCACUGCUAUUGUCUUCACUAAAGCUGACAGUAGUGUUACAGUAUCACCAUCAAAUGUACAAGCAAUGAGAAUAGGAGAUACAGUAGUGUUAUCAUGGGAUCCAGUGACACUAGAAGAAGCUAAAGGAUUCUUUGUAUACAGUAUCAGAUUAACUCCUGAUGAUGGUAGCACUAGCAGUACAUUAAGACAAACUAAUACAAGAACUAUAUCAGUAGCUUAUGAUACCACAUCAGUUAAUAUAACUGAUACUGAACCACAGUUAGCUUAUACUGUGAGUAUUAGCGUAUUGCUGUUGAGUGAUGUAGGACUAAUUGAAGGGCCAGCAAUUUACACUUCCCUAACAAUGCCACCUACAAAUAUCAGUAGCACUGAUGAUGGUAGUGUUCCUUUGGUAGCAGUGAUAGCGCCAACUGCAUUAAUAAUGAUUUUCUUUUUGGUGGUGUUACUCAUGUGCAUUGUUAUUAUAGUAUUAUACAGAAAAAAAUCCAAAAAGUUUGACAUAAGUAAAGACAAUGAGCUCAGUGUAGCACCUAAUGCAGGAUAUGGUUUAGUGACAAUUGCUAAUGCUUCUGCAGCACAAAAUAAUGAAGGAAUGUAUGAGAGGAUCGAUGAAUACGUGUAUGAACCAAUAAAUGAUAAAAUAGUGCAGCAAAAGGAAGAGGAUACUCCAAUUGUAGGAGAUAGUGUUGAUAGUAUAGCAAUGGCUAACUGUCCUGCAUAUGCUACCAGUCUUAUUGCUGCUCCAAUUUCUAGUCCCAAUCAAGGAGAGACAAAUGAAGAGCAAGAUGUUGAUGAGUAUAUAUGAAGAUAUGUCUUAAAGUGCUUUAAUUGAUUUAUAAAUUGGACCAAGUGUGAUUUAAAUAAUAAUUAAUAGUGUUGAUGCAGUUUUAAAAUUAUUUUAAAAAGUUUAUGCUAUUGCUCACUCA